AUGUCUUUGAACUUUGUCACUUUUAAUCAAGACUUCAGCUGUCUAGCUGUUGGAACUUCUUGCGGAUUCCGAAUAUACCAUACCGAACCAUUUGCGAAGAUUUUCAGUAGUGACGAUGGAAAUGUCACACUCGUUGAGAUGCUUUUUUCGACAUCACUCGUUGCCCUAGUACUUUCUCCUCGACAUCUUGUCAUACAUAAUACCAAGAAAUCUACAGUCAUUUGUGAACUCACAUUUCCAUCAGCUGUCCUCGCUGUCAAGCUGAAUAGGAAACGCAUGGCUGUUGCUUUAGAAGAAGAAAUAUAUCUAUAUGACAUUUCUAAUAUGACGCUACUUUAUACAAUUUCAACUUCUCCUAAUCCCAAUGCAAUUUGUGCUCUCGCUUCUUCAUCCGAAAACUGUUACCUAGCUUACCCCUUACCAAAACCGAGAGAAGAGAUCAAUGAUCGGAGACCAUCUCACGCCCCUCCAGUCUCGACAUAUGUUCCCCCAACAACCGGAGCAGUUUUAAUUUUUGACGCAUUUGGACUUGUAGCAUUAAAUGUCGUAGAAGCCCAUCGCUCGCCAUUGUCUUGUGUUGCAUUAAACAAUGAAGGUACACUUUUAGCGACUGCUUCUGAAACAGGAACAAUCAUUAGAGUAUUCUCUUUACCAAAAGGAAACAAGCUAUUUCAAUUUAGGAGAGGUACAUAUCCAUCAACUAUAUACAGCCUGUCUUUCAACUUAAGCUCAAAACUAUUAUGUGUCUCUUCUACGACAGACACCGUUCACAUUUUCCGUCUAAUAAGCUCAUUUGAUCAAGUCAACAAAUCCGGCAAGCCCCCAGCUAACUAUCUUUGGAAAACAUCUUGUCACCGAGAGGACUCUCGAGAACCAACUACACCAAAUAGUGGUAGAUUUCUACCCUCGAAUACGCAACAAUCUAGCGGCACCCUUGGAAACAUAAUCAAGAAGUCAUCGCAAAUCAUGGGUAAAAGUGUAGCUGAAGUUAUGGGCGGAUAUAUCCCCCAAGCUGUAACUGAGAUCUGGGAACCAUCCCGGGAUUUUGCUUUUAUCAAAAUUCCGAAGAGUAUGGUAAAAUCUAAUUGCAGCGGCGGUCCCUUACGAAGCGUCGUUUCUAUGAGUAGUAAUAGCCCUCAGGUUAUGCUAGUUACAAGUGAUGGUGAAUACUACGUUUUUAACAUUGACACUGAAAACGGCGGAGAAGGUGUAUUAACCAAACAAUACUCUGUCUUGGAACCCGCAAAUAGGACUAGUCACGUCUAUGCGGAGAGCAGAGUGUGA